AGUCAUUUUUUUUUACUUUCAAUUGUUUAGUUAAUUAGUUACAAGAACAAUUUACUCUUAAUUAGAGGGAGAGGGAGAAGGUUAAAAAAUUUUAAUUUGGUGUUAAUUCAUUUUCUGUGAUACUUAAAAGGUAAAAUUUAUGUGAAUGAGAAAAAAAAUUCUCUGUUCUUUUCUCUCUCUCUCUCUCUCUUCCUAUCUUAUGAAUUCUUCCCUUAUGUUUUGUGUUUUCUUGGUUUUCUUACCUUCAAAAUGAUCUUCUCAUGGAAAGGAUAAUCUAAUCAUCUCACUAAUCCACAUCUUCAUUCUCUUAAUUUAAUCUUCAAUUACUCUAAUCUUGAUUGGACUCAUCAUUUUGGAAUAAUUUUCAUCAUUCCAUUCAAAUUAGAAUUGGAGUUACAUUAUCCAAUAUCCAACGUCAUCUUUUUUUUCUCUCUCACUCUUGAAAAGAAAAAGCUUAUCGACUCAUUGAGACUCAUUUGUUUGAGAAAAUCUUUGUAAUUAACUGAUUUAUUUGAUUGUCAUCAUCAAAAAUGGUUCACAGUCACGAUAUUCAUAAGGUUAAUCUAUCAGCCUUAAGUGAAGAAGAGCGAAAUCACAUUCUUUUCCAUGAGAAACACCGAGGACAUGAAGGUAUGCAUGCGAUGAUGCUAUUGGUACUAAUUGUGGCCACUUUUUCCGUUCAAAUUGGUCUGAUUGCUUGGAAAAAGCGUCACAUGAAAAGUUAUCAAAAUUUUUCAAUGUUCGCCAUGUGGCUAUUACCAAUUGGUAUUUCCAUACACAACUCAUGGUGGCGAUUUGUUGGCAUUUGGGCCUCAUUAACAAUUCUCACUGUAGCCUUCAUUUGGAAACCUUUGGUUAACAAUAAGAUGAGCGGAUCAACCCCACGAAUGAUUUAUAAAUGGUUCUACUAUUUAUACUCCAUCUCAUCGGUAAUCGCUGUCACAGGCUACAUUAUUGUUAUGUGUACUUUUUUAGGUUUAAAUUUAAUGUUUGGAAUCAAACCGCAAAUACCUUUGGAUAUUGGUAUUAUGUUUCUAUUUUAUGGUAUCUAUUGGGGAGUCUUGACACGAGAUUUUACCGAUUUUCUUGUCGACAUUUUAACUGCCAACAUUGGUUACUAUCAGCCUUCAUCAUCACUUCCCUCUAAACAAUUAAAAAGCUCAAUAUGUGCAAUUUGCGGUCGAAGUCACGAUGGCCUAGUAGAUGCAGUUGAUUCUUCAUUAAGUUAUGAUGAUACCUUUGAACAAGAGAGAUGUUUUACUCUCUCAUGUGGCCAUAAAUACCACGAAUAUUGUAUCUAUGGUUGGUGUUUAGUGGGUAAAAAGCAAAUCUGUCCCUUUUGUCGUGAAAAAGUGGACACUCAGAAACUUUUCGCUUCCCUACCUUUCCAAAAACCGCACUAUUUAUACGGUAAUCUAUUGGACUUUAUUCGUUACCUUGUGGCCUGGCAGCCUUUAAUACUAUUGGCAGUACAAGGUAUAAAUUAUUUCCUUGGACUUGAAUAAUAUCUAAUUAUAGUUUAAAGAAGAGGAAAAACUAAUCAACUAAUCAAAGGAAUCGAAGACACCAAACAACGAGUUUAAAAAAUCACAUUAGUGAUAAUUUUGUACCUAAACUUGUCUUAUACCUUAAAAUGUACAAUAAUUGUAACGGUUUAAACAAAAAGAGAGACAUUUCUAUCAAUGGAAACAAAUUAUAUGUGUAAAGAAAAACAUCUCAAUACAAUUUCCUUACACAUUCUGAACUUUAUUCAGAACUUUGUUUGUAUAUUAGUGCAAUUUCAAAGAGAGAUAAAUAAUUUUCUUAUUACUUA